GAUCAAGGUGAGGAAUGGAUAAUAUGCGGCGAUUUCAGCGGAGAAUAACAUGAUCACCUGCGUAUUUUACCCUUAAAAUGACAUUCCGCAUCCACCCGAGCCUUUGUUUGAAAUAAUAAUGACCUUAUUCCUUUCUAUAUCACCAUAAUGUUCUUUUAUUACAAUAACUGCAGACAGGCAGGUCAAAUGAACUAACGCGCAAACGCGCUCUUUGUUUGGUUGCGGGCGCGCGCUCAAUCAGUCAAUCAAUCAAUCCAUCCAUCGCCUUAUUUGCGCUUUCACGCGCGUGGAAUGCGUCGAGUCUAACGAAGCAUCUUCGAGGAGAGCAAUGGAGCCUUUCCUGCAGAUCGCGCCGCACUCUCUGGCCAUCGUGCUGUCGCGCGUCGUGGCGGAGGACGCGCCCGGAGUGACGGAGAGCGAGCAGCCGCCACAACAUCACACCGGCUACGAGAUAUUCGCCGACUUCAAAUCCCUAAACAUGAAAUAUUUCUGGAAUAAGAUGGUGGCCGAUGCCAUAGCUGAGACCUUCUUCCUGGGCUGGAUAGACGAGCAUGUGUUGCUGAUCCAGGGGAAGGAGGAUCACCUGGAGGUGUUGAGGGAGGCUUGGAUGAGGAGGUCCCUCAAACCACCGCAGGGCUUCGACAUCAAAUACCUCGGUGUUUUGGACAAGCACCAUGGCAGUGCCAUAACUUCUUUGGAUAUGUGGGAUGGUCAUUUUAUGGUGAUCUUCGAAGUACCUUGCUGCACCAUGCAAAUAUAGCGGUCUUUGAAUCUU